GUGCUUUGUCCGCUUGUCCAGAGCCUUCUACAAUAUCCGCUACCGCUACCGCUGCCGCGUCAGCCUGGGACGGACUUCUGCCAGAAGACGCUCGGCCAGCUAGCCCACUCAAUCCCAAGACUCGCGCCACGAUUCUUGAGUCACCGAUGCCUGUGGAGAAUAUCCCCAUUCUGGAGGGGCUCGAGAAGUGUCUCAACCUGCGCGACAAGUAUAUCGCGCGCUCCGGCCAGACGCUUGGAUUUGACCCGCGCGACUAUGACGGCCUCUUCACUGGGCUGGACGAGGACAUCGCCGGUGUGUCUAGUGUGCGCCCUGACGCGGACUACUUAGCUCGUCCGCCCCCGCAGACCCCGUUCCAGAAGUGGCGCAUCUACCCCCGUCCCCCUCCCCCUCAUUGGCACUGGAAGGGCAAGGGUACCGUUGUUCCCAGCAAUGCCGGUUAUGAGGUCGCCGACGACGAGGACUUCGAGCUCUCGGAAUGUGAGAUGCCUGGCGCCGACAACAUGGACUUCGCCAUAGAUGAGAAGGGCGUCUACCAGGUGUAUACAAGUGCCGAAGAUAAAGGCAAGCGGCCAGUAUAUGAUGUGCCUAGUAUCCGAGAAUACUUUGUGGACCUAGAGAAGAUUCUCGCCGUCAUCUGCGACGGUCCUACCAAGAGCUUUGCUUUCAGAAGACUGAAUUACUUGACCAGCAAAUUCACGAUGUACUCGCUUCUCAACGAGCAGCAGGAGCUGGCGGAGAUGAAGCGCGUGCCGCACCGUGAUUUUUACAACGUCCGUAAAGUGGACACCCAUGUCCAUCAUUCCAGCAGCAUGAACCAGAAGCACCUGCUCCGCUUCAUCAAGUCGAAGAUGAAACGUAGCCCACAAGACGUAGUGAUUUUCCGAGACGGGAAAGAGCUAACUUUGGAACAAGUGUUCCAGAGUCUCAAUCUCACGGCAUAUGACCUUUCCAUCGACACUCUAGACAUGCACGCUCACAACGACUCCUUCCAUCGCUUCGAUAAAUUCAAUUUGAAGUACAAUCCCAUCGGCGAGUCUAGAUUGAGGGAGAUCUUCUUGAAAACAGACAACUACAUUCAGGGGCGUUACCUCGCCGAACUGACCCAAGAGGUGAUGACGGAUCUCGAGCAGAGCAAGUACCAAAACUGUGAAUGGAGAAUCAGUAUUUACGGCAGGCAGCUCGACGAAUGGGACAAGCUUGCGAAAUGGAUAGUCAGCAACAAGCUGUUUUCGCACAAUGUUCGCUGGCUCAUCCAGAUACCACGUCUCUAUGAUGUGUACAAACAAAACGGCUCAAUUGGGACCUUUGAAGAUAUCGUACGGAACGUCUUUCAGCCUCUAUACGAGGUGACACGGGACCCGUCAUCUCAUCCCGAGCUUCACGUCUUCCUCCAACGCGUCAUCGGUUUCGACACUGUGGACGACGAGUCAAAGACGGAACGCCGGUUCCAUAAGAAGUUCCCCUACCCGCGCCUCUGGGACACGAAAGAAUCACCCCCGUACUCUUAUUGGGUAUACUACAUGUACGCAAACAUCGUCAGCCUCAACCAAUGGCGUCAUGCACGAGGGUUUUGCACAUUUGUCUUCCGGCCACACUGCGGCGAAGCGGGAGACCCCGAGCAUCUUGCUUCUGCCUACCUGACAGCCCACUCGAUAUCCCACGGCAUUCUCCUGCGCAAGGUUCCUGCGUUGCAAUAUCUGUUCUAUCUGAAGCAGAUCGGCCUCGCGAUGAGUCCUCUUAGCAACAAUGCGCUGUUCUUGACGUACGAGCGGAACCCGCUGCCCGAUUUUUUCAAGGUCGGCCUGAAUGUUAGCCUAAGUACGGAUGACCCAUUGCAGUUUCACUUCACCAAGGAACCUCUGUUGGAAGAGUACAGCGUUGCAGCCCACAUCUAUAAGUUCCCACAAAGCUCUCUAGCUGAGCUUGCACGCAAUUCAGUCGUUCAAAGCGGAUUUGAGAUGGAGGUCAAGCGGCACUGGCUGGGCCAGAAUUGGUAUCUUCCUGGUGCUGCGGGCAACGAUAUCAACAAGACCAAUGUGCCCAACUCGCGCUUGGAGUACCGCCGCCAGACGCUGCUCGAGGAGCUCUCUAUGAUCAGGACAAAGGAAACUCAUGACACGCAAGCAUGGGUUCCUCCACACGCAUAGACCUACUGUAGGUAUCAGGACACAAUUCGUACUGAUUUGCAUUGCUUGCUUAGCUGGCGAUUCGUGAUUCUAUAUGUAGUGUUCGCAUCUGCGCUAUGCUCUCACGUACGUUACUGCCUCAAUUUACUGCCGCUUGACGCUAUCGAACGUAGCG